UCUGCCUGGAAGAGACCCAUGUUCCUGUUCUUUCAUGAGGACUCGGAGCCCACCACGGCCCCCUUUAGUGCCGAGAUGCUCAACAUCACCUCUCAAGUCCUCGAGCCUGCUCUUAACAUGACCCUUCCCCAGAGCCCAGACUGCCCCUCCAUAGAGUGGUGGAACUGGCUCAACACCAUCCAGGCCCCCUUCCUCUGGGUCAUCUUCAUACUGGCCGUGCUCGAGAACAUCUUUGUCCUCAGCGUCUUCUGCCUGCAUAAGAGCAACUGCACAGUGGCGGAGAUCUACCUGGGCAACCUGGCGGUGGCAGACCUGAUCCUGGCCUGCGGGCUGCCCUUCUGGGCCAUCACUGUGGCCAACAACUUCAACUGGCUCUUUGGGGAGGUCCUUUGCCGCGUGGUGAACACAGUGAGCUACAUGAAUUUGUACAGCAGCAUCUGUUUCCUGAUGCUGGUGAGCAUUGACCGCUACCUGGCCCUAGUAAAAACCAUGUCCAUGGGCCGUAUGCGUGGGGUGCACUGGGCUAAACUCUACAGCUUGGUGGUAUGGGGGUGCGCCCUUCUGCUGAGCUCACCCAUGCUGGUGUUCCGAACCAUGGAGGAGUAUAAUGAUGAGGGCCACAAUGUCACCGCCUGCAUCAUCAGCUACCCGUCCACCACCUGGCAGGUGUUCACCAAUGUCCUCCUGAACUUCGUGGGCUUCCUGCUGCCCCUGAUCAUCAUCACCUUCUGCACAGUGCGGAUCAUACAGGUGCUGUGCAACAACGAGAUGCAGAAGUUCAAGGAGAUCCAGACAGAGAGGAAGGCCACGUUGCUGGUCCUGGCCGUGCUGCUGCUGUUUGUCAUCUGCUGGCUGCCCUUCCAGAUCAGCACCUUCCUUGACACCCUCCUCCGCCUCGACAUCUUAACCAGCUGCUGGAAUGACGUCUUCACGCAGAUCAGCUCCUACGUGGCCUACAUCAACAGCUGCCUCAACCCACUGGUGUAUGUGAUGGUGGGCAAGCGCUUCCGGAAGAAGUCAUGGGAGGUGUACCGGAGAGUGUGCCAGAAAGUGGGCUGUGAGCCAGAGCCCAUCCAGACAGAGACCUCAAUGGGUACGCUGCGGACUUCCAUCUCGGUGGAACGCCAGUCACAAAUUGCCCGAGUGGGUGGGGAGCAGCCAGAGAUCAAUGCCACCCGGGCUGCUGCUAAUUUCUCUGAGGAUUGA